GAAUCAGGGAGCGCGAUGCGGACCCGGCUUGCUCCGCGCCAAGACAAAGGAAGAUUCCUCCCCCCCAAGGCCCCUUUCGGCUGGUGGAAUUUCCGAGUUGCAAGUUGGCAAUAUUAAUCUUCCUAUUAGCCGGCGCUGCUUAUGGUGACGUAUCGAUUUCUUGGUGAGGAGCAAGCAAUACUGUAUGUACAGAGACAGACAGCCCUGGUGCGAGCGCAUGAUUAGCUGCCGCUGUAGCUGUAGCUGUAGUCGUCGCGGUCUGUCGCCUCGUGUAACGGACUCGGGUCUAGAACAGCCAGGUCACUCUGUUGUACUAGGUAUGGAUAGAUGGAUAUGUGCAUGUGUGCAUGUAUGUAUGUAUCUGUGUAUGAAUGUAUGUAUGUGUAUAUGCAUACAUGCGAGCCAGCCCUCACAGCCCAACGCAUAUUAUUCCAGCACAGUACGAGUAUCAAACAGCUCGGUCCUGGUCUUGGUUUGGGCUGGCUUUGGGGACGCUGCACGACGGGGACCCCCCGCGACGAUAAAUUAGUCGGUUUGCUAAGAUUAUAAUGGAUCAUGACGUGGCGCUGG